AUGUGUGUGGACCCUGGUACCAGUGACCGAACAGGAGUGCAGCUCAAGGACAAAUGGCGCAAUCUCGUGAAAUUCAAGCACGUCUCGAGGGUGGAGGCGGAUGUCGCUGCAUCCAAAAGUGCAACCAUCAAUUCCAGGGGUCGGACGGCGUCUGCGGAGCCUAUGGUGGAGAUCGAAAGACAGCGGCAAGAAAACAUUGCUCGCAACAAGCAAGCACUGGCGGCUCUGAUGAGCAAUGUGGAGCAGCCACAGGCCAGCACAGCGCGCAGGCGAAGACCUCCAGUCUCCAAUGGCGAUCAGUGGCAGGAAGUGCAGGAGCAGCUGCUGCAGGCAUUUGAUGCUCUGGCGGGAACUGUGGGCGAGAAUGUGGUAGCGGAAGCAGCUGCUCUGGCAUGCUCAGAGGCAGCGGACUGUGCCUCUCCACCGCAGUCGGCACAGGAGGACUGCAGGGUGGCUGUCAGGUGGCAGCAGGAGUGCGCCAGGAAGAUCCAGGCCGCGGAAGCUCGUGCCUCCAAGCGCAUGGCGGCUCUGGAGCGGAAGCGCUACUCUGACUACGAGUAUGACGUGGACCUUGAGGGCGACGAUGGCGCUGCCAGCCCCACAGAGAGCUCGUCACCCAAGCGCUUCCGACACACGCGCUUCACCACAGAGGACCGGCGAUUCGGCAUCUACGAUGAGAGGCGCUACCAGGCGAACGGCAUGCUGCAGCAUGCCAGGACGUCUCCCAGGCCGCGGCCUGCGCCGGCGCCCAGCAAGGCGGCUACAGUGGGGAAGCAGGAGGACCGGGACAGCGGGAUGGUGGACUGCCCCUGCGGAGUCACCUUUGAUGAUGGCCAGGCCAUGAUCGAGUGCGAGCGCUGCAAGGUGUGGGCGCACCUGGUGUGCCUGCAGGUGCAGAUGAGCCAGCACCCGCGCCACUUCCACUACAACUUCUCCCACUACAUGUGCGACCUGUGCCAGCACGAGCUGCGCGUGCAGGCGGCCCAGGUCGGCUCGCGCUCCGGCCGAGUCUCGCCGCGCUCCACAUCCUCCAUCGCCCACCGCAAGGGGGCCCCUGCAUGCACCCGCCCCGAGGCGUUUUCCAGCAGCCUACCGCCGGCGCAGCCGUCGCUGAGCAGUGCGAGAGUGCACCGCGUGGUGCCCAGCAGCGGCGGGCAGCCCCUGGCAUCAGGAUCCCCCUUUGCCAAGGCGUCCCACAGCGCCAAGAGGGAGCGAAAGAACGGGCAUGACAGCUGGGGAACCUCUGCGGCCCGAAAGCAGGCGGAUGGGUACAGCGGGGACGAGAAGCCAGCGUCAGAGAGGCUGGGCGGCCGCGGCCGCAGCAACGGGGCAAAGGGCGGCCGAUCGGGCCGCGGGCGAGCGCAGGAGGCGGCCGAGGCGCAGCAGCACCCGGCGCGGCUGCUGGACAACGAGGACGCGCGCCACUACUCGGGCUUCCUCGGCCACAUGUCCGGCAGUGACGAGCUAUCCAUGGACGUCCCCGACCUGCUCGCCUCGCUGCUGGAGCUCGGCGGCGCCGUGCCCAACGCGGCCGCUAGGGGCGCGUCCCCCGCUCCUCCGCCUGCGCGCGGCCCCAAAGCUGCAGCGAGCGGUCACUGGGAGUCCAGCGCUGAGGGCCCGGCGGCCAGGCGCGGCCGGGACCGGCAGCACCGGCACUCGGCAGAGCACGUGCCGCACUCACGAGGCGGGCACCACUGGGACGGCGGCAAAGAGCAGUGGGAGACGCCCACGGUGCACCACCAUCACAGCAGCCGCCGUCCAAGCGACACGUCCCUGCCCCUGCACGAGGCCUGGAUGCAGCACGAGGCGGAGUGGGCCAACAUGCACGGCCUGCGCCACCCCGCUCCUGCCCAGGAGGGCGUGAGGACGGACUCAUUGAAAUGGGGGGAGAGGAAUCUGCGCACGCCGCGCCAGCCGCGCACCAGCCGAGUGCUGUGGCCGUCCUGCCUGGAGCCCUUGGUGACCAGGCCAGGGCCGGCCUCUGGACGCGUGAAUGCUGCUCCUCCCAGCCUGUGGGAGCCCUCACCCAAGAAACCCCGCAAGGCGAACCACCAUGUGCAGCAAGCGAGCAGCAGCAGCCAAAGCCCACACAGCCCCAACGAGAGCUCGGGGCAGCUGCAGCUGCAUCACGGGCGGCACAUGCGGGACAACCACCGCCGCCUCUCCCCUGGCGAGCCGCAGUUCACGUCGCGCCGCCUGCCGCACUCGCGAUCCCACCGCGACAUGAACGGCCGACGGCACAGCAGCCACGGCCGCGGCGACAGCCCGCCCUCUCGCCACCCCAAUUCCACCCCCGGGAGGGGGUCGGGGAUGGAGCACCGCGGGGGGCAGCUGGGCCAUCUGAAUGGGCCAAUGACGCUGCCGCUUGGGGACAUGCCCAUGGAGGCCCUGGACGCGGCGCUGGCCGGCCUGGACGAGCACGACCCACACCACGAGCUCGCCCUCGACCAAGCCGCCAUGGACCUCCACGACAACGACGAGGCACGCCCCCUCUGCUCUUUGAGUCCACCCUCUACGCGAUGGUCCGAGGAGAGUGAAGAGCAGCGCUGUGGGGGGUGUGUUGGUGAGUGUAUCCUGGGGCGGCAGGUGGCGGCGGGUGAGCUGGAGCAGGUGGUGAGUGGGGCGAGCGAGGGCAGCGGCGGGCAGCUGGCGCGCACCAGCAGCCACUACAUGGGCCCCGUCGCCUCCGACUCUCUCGCGCACACCUGGAUGCACCACGCCUGGGCCGAUGCCGGCCACGUCCUCAACAGGCAGCCUCUGCCGCCCAAAAAGGCGGCAGCAGCGGCGGCAUCGGCGGCUGCAGAGGCGCAGGCGGCGGCGGACGCUGCGGCAGAGGCGGUGGGCGUGGCCUUUGGCGCCGAGGACAUGGGGGGCAAUCUGGGAGUCAGUGAGCUCGACAGCCGCCCAGAGUCCCCAUCCCCCAAAGACGAGGGGUUGGGAGACCUGGCAGCGCACCUGGUGGCCUUCCACAACAUGGGGGCAUCGCCGUCGCACGACGACCCCUUUGUCUCGGGCGGCAAGGUCAGUUUUGACGACGGGGACCCCCCCGAGGGCGGCGACGGCGCCCAGAGCCCCCACGCGCACAACAGCCAGGCCUACAACACCUCCCCCCUCCUCGAGCAGGACCGCGCCUUCGACGGCUCCGACAGGGCCACUCCGUUGGGGCUUCAGGAUGCGCAGGAGGGCGAGGGUGAGAUGUUUGCAGAGGUUGACCAGAUGCUCAACGUCAACCAGGACGCUGACUUGGAGGGUGAUGGAUACAGCGACACCAAUGACGCUCAGCCUGACCCGCUGGAAAGUGCUUGA